AUGUCACUCAAAUUCGGACUCAACCUAAAGAAUAAGGGCGCAAAUUCCCUUGGGAAAACAGCGGUCAAGCCGGGCCUCGGGAAAAAGAAAAAGCCACUGCUCGACGAUGACGACGAGGAAGAUGUCAAGGGAAAGGGAAAGGUGGCAGAUGAUGCGCAGGAGAUUGGCGAACUGAACUUCGACGAUACGCUCGCCGCCAUCUCAUCAGGAUCAUCCAAACUCGCGCCCGCCAAAGCAAAGAAAGGCCAACCACCAGCGCCUCCUUCUAACAAGCCAAAACCGAAGGACCAUGACCCGACCACCAUGACCUACUCCGCAAGCGCCGCCGAAGCUGAAAAAUGCGCACAAGAAGCCCUAGAAGCUAACCCUACAUUGUACGACUAUGAUGCCGCUUACGAGGCAACACAGGCCGUGCUUGCUGCCCAAGAAGCAGCCGAGCGCGACGACACGGCAGAGCGGAAGCCUAAAUACAUGGACGCACUCUUCGAGUCCGCGGAGCAACGGAAGAAAGAUCAAAUGCGGGCGCGGGACAAACAACUGCAGCGCGAACGCGAAGCCGAAGGCGAUGAAUUUGCUGACAAGGAAAAGUUUGUAACUGGCGCGUAUAAGAUACAACAGGAAGAGACGCGCAAGGCCGAAGAAGAGGAAAAGAAGCGACAAGAGGCUGAGGAAGAAAACAAGAGAAAGUUCGGUAUGCAAGGAUUUCAUAAGCAGAUGCUUGCAGAGCGUGAGAAGAGACAUCAGAAAGCUAUGGAGGCUACGGCGCAGGCUCUCAAGGACGGCGUCAAGCCUGUUGUGGAAGAGAAGAAAGAGAAGACGGAUGCCGAAAUUGUCGAAGAGCUUCGCAAACAAGGCAAGAACGUCAUACUCAACGAUGAGGGCCAGAUUGCAGAUAAGAGUCAGCUACUCAAAGCAGGACUCAACAUUAUUGCAAAGCCCAAACCCGCAUCUACGCCUACCACCACUGCAGCGCCAAAAUACACUCCACCUACACAUGCGAAUAUCAAAGGUGGCCGGAAUGCUCAGCGUGAACGACAAACUGCUAUGAUAGCAGAGCAAAUUGAAGCUGCAAAUAAGAGGAAGGCAGAUGAAGAAGCAGAAGAGCAAGCUAAAAUAGAACACGCACGUAAGAGCCAGAAGACGGCAAGCGAUAUCAGUAGUGCCAAGGAAAGGUACUUGCAAAGAAAAAGGGAAGCCGCCGCAGCGAAAGCUGCAGCAGGCAAAUGA